AUGAAAUUUUAUAAUCUAUGUUUUCAAUUUCUACCACAAAUUAUCGAAUAUCUUGCAUUAACAAGUUUAGUUUUACUUGGCUCAACAUUAUCAAUUCUAACUGCGAUACAUAUGAGUACUUUAACACAUUCAACAUUAAUGAAAACAUUAAAUCCAACAACAAAUUGUUCUUAUUCAUCAUUAUGUUAUUGGAAUGAUCAUCAAAGAACAAAUACAAGUGAUAAUAAACAAAGUUAUUUUUUUAAUUUUGAAAAAUUAUCUUCGAAUGCACAAACAGAUUUUACAAAUGAAACUACAGAUAAAUUUCAAUCAUUGAUGACAUUAUUUCAUCCACCAUCUUGUUCAUAUAAUAUUCUUCAACCAGAUUUAUUAUCAAGACCACUCGUUCAAACAUUUGUUACUUUUGAUAAUUCACUUGUAAAUACAACAUGGUUCUGGCCAAUAUUAGGUGUUUGUGUAGCACUUUUAAUAAGUGUACCGUGUAUAUUAAUAGCUAUUGUGAUAUUUUGUCAUAAGAAAAAUAACUCAGGUGAUUCGGAUGAAUCAAGUAUUAAUUCAAGUUUAUCAUCAUCGAUACAUGUUCAUCGACGACCAGCAUGUAAUCAUUCUCGUCUUCAUCGUUCACAUUAUGCUGGAGGCUUUCGUAGUCCACCACCGCCUUAUACUGCUAAUGAAAUAUCAGAUCAUUCAUUUAUUGCUUCUUCACUUCCUCCUCCAUAUGAAUCACAUGUAACGGAAAAUCCAUCGAUAUCUGUUACAAUGAAUCCUGUAACAACAACAACAACAAAUAAUAUUGAAUCAACUGAGAGUAUUGUAAAUCAAUCGUUAACAUUAACCAAUCCAUCAAUUCAAACUUUUCAAGUUUAA